AUGCAAUUUAAUGACUGGUUAUUGGCCAUUGUCUUCAUCAUCCAGAAUGGGAUUGGGAUUUUAGGGAAUUCCUUCCUACUGUUUCUUUACAUCCUCCCUUUCCUCACUGGUCACACCCCAAGGCCCAUAGAUUCCAUUUUUUUCAAUUUGUCCUUAGCCAACUUGAAUGUGCUUCUGUUCAGAGGUCUUCCUCAGACAAUGUUUUAUUUAGGCUUGAAAAAUGUCCUUGAUCUUCUUGGGUGCAAACUUAUCCAGUACCUUCACACUGUGUCCAGGAGUGUUUCCCUCACCACUACCUGCCUUCUGUCUGGUUUUCAGGGCAUCAUCAUCAGUCCCAGGAACUCCAGGUGGUUUCAACUCAAAGCCCAAGCCCCAAAGUACAUUAUCCCUUCUUGUCUCUUCUGCUGGUGCUUCUACUUGUUCAUAAAUUUCACUAUGCUUGGAAUCAUGCAUAACUCAAGGUUCAUGAGUAAUAACACAAAAUGGUGGCAUCUAGGAUAUUGUUCAGUUGCAGCACCUGUCUCAUUUAAUGCCUUAUUCUUUGUAAUUAUCUACUCUCUUCCUGAUGUCAUUUGCAUAGGAUUCAUGAGCUGGGCCAGUGCCUACCUGAUUUUUAUUCUGCACAGACACCAUCAGCAAGUCCAACACAUUCGCAAUCCCCACCUUUCUGCUAGAACUUUUCCUGAAACAAAAGCCACCCAUGCAAGCCUUUUACUAGUGUGCACACAUGUCUCUUUCUAUUCCAUUAAUUCCAUCAUAACCUUUUGUAACUUUCAAUUUGGUAAAUAUUAUUCCUUUUUCACACCGACUGCACAAUUCACAGCAGCAUGUUUCCCAUGUAUCAGUCCUUUUGUUCUGAUAUCCUAUGAUUCCCAACUCCACAAAUAUUUUUAUUACCUAUGGUGCAAUAAAAGUUCUCUAUAA